AUGCCUCCCUUAAGGACGACGUCACCUGCCAAAGCGCUUAAGACCGAACGAACUCAUGAAGAGAACCAGGAGAGAGCAUAUAUCGCCGCGUCAAGGAGAAGUGACCGAAGUCUUGAAGCUCGCGUCGAAUCAGCACGAAGGGCUUCUGAAAUCCACAAACGCCGUACAGGACGGUCACUGCGCGUCACCGAGCAAGAUGUCAUCAAUGAGGAGAUGUAUGAAGAGGAGGAUGAUGAUUUACCCCUGCAGUACCGACGCCUCACAGCACAUCUCCAGACGGGCUCCGCCGACUUCAAUCGACGGUUAGCCGCUUACCUCACAAAUCAAGUGGCGAUGAGAAGUGCAAUGGAACAGAUGAUCCAAAACCCAUAUGCUCAGUAUCCUAACGGCGCCUACCCUUCAAGGCCCAACAUGUUUGCCUCUCCUCUAUUAUCCCACCCACACAUGGCUUCGCCGGCUGCCGGCGGAUCCUACCGGUCUGCCCCAUAUCCAUCUCCCCAUCAUCCUAAUUUUCGUUCCAACCAUGGCAGGGCCUUCUCCAUGGCCUCAUUGCCAUCCCAGCAGGAACGACUGUCCCCUCCCACAUCCGACCCGCCCGGUUCACUCGACCACAGGAGGAUGUCUACCCCAGCUUCAGUACAGCCCCGAGACCCAUCUGCUGGACAAGUGAACAUGGACGGGAGAAAUCCGGAUCCAGAGUACCUCCGACAGAGCCAGUCCGUAGUACCACCACAGACGGGUUCCAAUGCCUUCCCGAUGCCAUGGCAAGAGAUCAGUCCCUUCACCACCUCACUGCCUCCCGAGUCUCAGCAGAUGCUUGCUCACGCACCUGGCUUCGACUCCAAUGACCCCAGCUAUGCCAUGCUCAUGCACGGUUCAGACCAGUAUGUCUCGAACCCCUACUACCCAUGGCACGACAUGCAGAAUGUAGGCGGCAUCAAAGGCAUGCCCGUCGAACCCUCGGCUUACCAGGGUAUGGCGGUGACCUUGGCGCCCGCGGCUUUCGAACAGGGUGUCGAGAGUACAAACGAUACCAACUCUGACUCGACACCGAAAGACACGCACGCAACGUCUUCGGCGGCCGCCCGGACUGCCAGCGACGCCAGUUCCCUUCCCACCGCUGGUCUGGACUUUAACUUCAGCCAGGAGUCCAAGGGUCUCGGGUUUGGCGGCGCAACCGCCCUCACGCCAGGUCAGAUCACACCGGCCACAGAGGGUUUUUGGGACCACUUCGUCAUGGACGGAAGCUGGGACGACAGCGCCGAGGUCGAGACUUCAGGGUCUGGCGGCGGCAGCAAUGUUGGUACAUGA